GCGGCCAUUCUGCAACAGACCGCCGAGUACAUUUAUCAGUUAGAGCAAGAAAAAACAAGACUACUAUCGCAAAAUUGCCAGCUUAAAAGACUUAUCAACCAGCAAGAAGGUGAAAGCACAGUGUCGGCUGUCAAAAAGCGUAAGACUGAAUCAGGAGCCGUCAUGGCGAACAAUAUAGCGAUCUCGGAAUCCAGCGACGAAGGCAUUGGUCCAAUGUCCCCUGAGCCACUAACCCUAGCAAAUCCAGGAGCAGUCACUGUGACAACGUCCCUACCGAUAACGGCAGUCAAAGACGAGGCUCAAGCCUCCAACGCUCAGGAAAUGAUGGAGCUUAGGGUCCAACUGGACAGGGAGCGCGGCUUGCGCAUGAUCCUCGAAGACCAAAUCCGAUCUCUAGAGACCCAGCUCUAUCCGGAUCGGAUUCGGGAUAUUGCACAGCAGGUCCAGCUCAGAUAUCAAGAUACGGAUGAGUGUGAUAUGGAGCAGGAUGACCUGGGACCAAGUAUACCUGUUGAAAUACUAAGUGUAAGGUCAAUUGGUGCAAGACGCAGUUCUCAAACAACUAAUGUGUCCAGUGUGGAAGAAGGUGCGUUUUCGGAUACUGAAGGGGAAGUCAUUACGCCGGACCUACAUACGGUUGCUCACACAGAGACUGUCAUUGCCACCCCCUCCACACCCUCAGUGAAGAAUGAGCAUCACCUAACGCAGACACCAGGGAGCACCGGCUCCAUGGUGCCAUCCUUAUCGGUGCUAUCGGCAUCAAGCCCUGUCUCAGCCUCAACAUCGCCUGCCCCUUCGGUUCCAUCAGCGUCAGUCUCUCGACUACCGUCCAUCCUAGAAGCUGCGAUCAAAGCAGAGCCCAAAGUAGAGGUAGAGAGAUUACCUUCCUCGACAGGGUCCGCACCAGUGCCCUCCCCAAUCUCCGCCAAGACAACCACCAUGACCUCUUCAGAGAAAGUCAUGCCACAAGCUAGGGUUUAUCUAGCAUCAACGUCACGGCAAAACCUGGAGACAAUAGUGGAAGCCAUUCGACACCUUGAGGGUGACCAUUUGACGAACCUCUUCAGUGAAGGCGAGACUGAUGCUGAAACCACGGUACCCAUCCCUUCGCCACCUGUCGAGGAAAGGACAGGUGACUUAGACACCGACGACACCCAAGAUGCCCCCCUGGCGCUCACCAAGCACGCAACCGGUCCUCACCCUGCUGCGUCGCGCAUUCUCAAGGUGGACGUCAACCCAUUCCUCCAGUUCCACACCCACUCGCGGCAACAGCAGCAGCAACAACAGCGGCCGGGAGUUAUUGUCGUUAAGCAUACGUGAUCCCCCCCUCCCCUUCCCCUGCUCCCUGGCCCUUGUACAGUCCCCAGUCCCCUCAAAAGUAUCGCUGCCAGAGUUUGAUUUCCUAUUCCAUACAGUUUACUCUUAGUUGAGAGACCUAUGGCUCACUCAAAUUUGAAGUAACAGGUAAUUCAAGAUUACGUUUCCAAAGUUAGAUUGAGAUCUGUAGGUUUCUCUCUCCUUUUAUGGCUUGAAUCCGAGUCGAAGCAAAGUUGCUGCAGAAGUAGUUGCAGUGCGUGAAAACGUAUUAGCUACCGCCGUAAGUAGUUUGCCAGUUCGUCUCUAAAUCAGACUGCCGUAGUGAUGAAAAAGUAUUUUUCUGGGCUUUAGAGUAGCUUUAUUGCCAGACGUAGACACACGGCUCAGCUGGAGCGAUACUCCCUUAUUUAGCUGUAUAUAGUUCACGAAUAUGUAUCUAAUCUAAAGUAAGAUCUAGUUACUUCAGCAAAGGCUGAACGUUAAAUUCGACGGUAGAACUGAAUUCAUUGCUCGAAAUUUUUGUAAGGCAGUAUCCAUUGCGGGUAGUGCUUUGAGCAGGGAUCCAAAUGUGUUUUGAAGUCUAUAAAUUUGCUGGAUCAUCAUGUCUCUUUCAAUUCAGUGAAACUUGGAAGUAUUCACAGCAUUUCAGGUGCAAAAGAUUGUUAAACUCUCUAAUUUUUUGAAUUUCUGAUGACCUAAUAAAAAUGUGUCCAUCGAUAGAAAAUUUCUAUCUCAAACUGAAAGCCUCAGUAUAUGUACUCUCAUUGAUCAAUAAAAAAGAAAGAAGAAAAAAAAGAAACUGCAGAAUAUUUUGAGCAUCAUUAGAAUUUUCUAUAUUACUACUCAUUGAAACAUUCAAGAACUGCAGAAUUUGAAAUCAUUUUAUAAACUUUUUUAACCCAUUAUUAUUGGCGCCUACUAAAUUCAUGUCAAUGAGACAGUAUUUAUAGAAUCCUGUAUUAUAGAAUCCUGUGCCUCGGGUAUAUACUCACAGAAACUUACAUUUUUUCUAGGAAAAGUUCAGCAUCUUAAAUUUGUCAUCAGUUCACUGCAUGGUAGAAAUCAGCCAUCGUUCAGAAUAAAGUGCCCCGUACUACACCCUCAAAAUUUGUUCAUAAGCCUGAUGUAUCCAAGUUUCACUGUAUUUUUUCUCUAAUUAACAAACACAUUUCCUCAUAAUUUUAGCAUAUGCAUGUCAUCUCUUUUUGGAAGAGUGCGUAAAUUUUACAACUGAGCUGAAUUGAAACAUGUUAUUUGUUAAUGGAGUUAGUAAAUGAUAUCAAUUUACUAUAUAAUUUUUUCCUUUUUACUUCUGGUUCAAAUAAUUUUUUUCUCUCUUGGUAAAAUGUGGUGGACGUUAAGUACAAUUCCUCACUUCACUAUUGUUGAACUCUCUAUCAAAUUAAAUUGAAAAUUAACAUUCAUGAUUUUUCUCUCCGCUAAGUCUCUGAUAAGUCACUUUUCUUGUAUCAGUGUAGCGAUUCCUGUGUGUGUGUGUGCGUGUGUGUCUCUUCUGUCUGUUGUAUACGCAUUGAUUUCGUGUUGUGUUCUCUGUUGUACUUCUACGCACACACUCUCAUGUCAGAUAGUCACUUUUUCCAGGGCAAAUCCUCAUUGUUUUCUUUUUCUCGUUGAAAUUUUCAAAAAUAUUACAGCUCUUAUGUCAGCCUCUUGUACAAUGUCUUCUUACAUAACUGUCUUUCAAUUGUUUUCUGAAAGCUCAGAGUUAGAAAUUUAUUCCUUGUGCUAUUUUCAAUAAUUCCCAACCUCAUUCAAAGAAAUCAUCAAGAUUUCUAGAAAAUUUCUGUUUCUGAGUUUUUGUGCUUUUUCGUCAAGCUGUUGUCCCUAUGGAUCUUGUUGUGAAAUUUUAACCCCAUCUUCUCGGCAGUGUUUAAAUUCCAGUGUUUGGUUCCCUCGCCGUUCACUCGGCUUCAGAAAUAUUCGGAAUCUGUCGAAUUAAUUUUUUGUGAUAUGUGUUUUAUGAUUGACUAUUAUUAUUAGUUGUUUAUGAUUUAUGGAAAUUGAAUCAAACGUGUAUAAUUUCUUGUAAAUUUAGUGUUUUCCUUUGAAUCUUUGAUCCUCCGCUUCUUUUGACGGACUGCAGAGAAGGCAAAAAGCUGUUUCCAUCCAUCCUUUUGUAGAAGAAGAAAUUCUAUAUUGAAAGUUUUGUAUUUUAGCUCUACUUAUGGGACAUUCUAAUAUUGUUCUUUCUAAAAAUUUUAAAAAAAAGGUCAGUCCAGAGAAUUGUAGUUCAUGGACUCCUUUUCAAUAAAAUUCAAAACAGAAGCUUACGUUUUCUAUGAAACCGUAACAUUUUGAACCGAUUAGUAAGGGAUUUAGUAGUCCAGACAUGUAUAACCUUAGUUCCGAUGGACAGAAACAGUCUGGAGCCUGUAAAGUUAUCCGCCGCUGAAAUUGCUUUAAAAAGCUGAAAUUAGUGUGAUUCCUUUGUGGAAAGGUGUUCUGACUGUCUCAAUUCCCUUAGUUAAGACUUUAUUAUUUAUUCAUUAUUUAUUUAUUUCUCCCCCUGCUGUAAUUACUUCAUAAGUAAUGGUAGAGCCUCUGGGACUCAUUUUUUUACGAUUUAUUCACGACAUCUAACUUUCAGUUUGUAUAAUUACAUAAGCUCAUUUAUCAUUAAUCUUUUUGCCCUCUAAUUCUUACUUCUUUACUUUUCUUUGUAUAUUUUCAUUUACUUUUCUCUACUUGGUUCUGCGUGGUUUAAGUUCUGAGAAGUAGCUAGCCUUUCCCUCUUUAAUCAGCAACACUUCAGGCCCUUUUUUAAACACUCUUUUCAAGAAUGGGAGUUUCCCUCAAAUUGAUAAAAUCUCACUCCUUAAAUCAUCAUAGGGAAACCAUCUCUGUUUUACUUCUAGUAACGUUUUUGAAAUGUCCCUCUAUACGUUACCUGUACUAUUUGAUUGGAUGAUGGAAGUCUUCUUGGAUCUUAAAUCUUGACUAUCGGUACGCAUGAUUACGCAGAGUCAAAACUUAUGGGUGCUGUGUUCCAUUUUCUCUUCAAUAGUUGCCCAUUGUUGGCCCUGUCACUCCUCCUAGCCGUUUAAAACCCAUCUUCGUUUUCAAAAUGUUUUUACCCAAAGUUGGUUUGUGAGUAGAA